AUGGUGGCCACAGUCAUUGAAUUCAAGCCUUGCAAACACAAGCACGCCUGGCACAUCACGCUACCUCUCUAUUUCCCUACGGCUACCCGAGAACUGAAACAAGUUCUGGGCGCUACGGGAAAACCCAUGAUUGAAUCAGCUCGGAAACUCCUGGAGGGUACGAAAGAGCCAUCGGUCCCAGAAUUGAUGCGGUACAACCAGUGGGUACCCUCGCACCUUUGA